CUUUAAAAAUGUAACAAAUCCUGAGAUGGAUUGAUGUGGCUGUUGAAUAUAAAACUGAGAAAAUAAUGCUGAGCAACGACGCUAGAAUCUUGAAUUCCAUUGAUUUUAUUGGCGCAUCUGGGCCCAACAGUGCGUGAACUUAUAAGUGAGGGGGAUUGGGAAUAACCAUCUGAAGAGACUACUAGACAAACGCAAACAAUGAAGAAUCCUAACUAGUCGAGUGUUCGAAGAAUUUUAUGAAACUCAAGAAUUCAAAGAAUCUGAUGAAGCCAAGAAGCUGCGAAGAUCGGCGAUAAAGAUUCAAUCUGUAAACUUUCAAGAGUAAAAGUGGAUUCAUGCCCGCUUCGAACUCCAUUCUCAAUUUACCGGAUGAAGCGGAUGUGGUGAUUAUCGGUGGUGGCAGUUUGGGUUGCAAUAUACUGUACCAAUUGUCGACGCUUGGUAUCAACAGCAUUUUGCUGGAAAGAGAUAAAAUUACCAGCGGAACAACAUGGCAUAGCAACGGGUUGUUUUGGAGACUCAGACCUAAUGACGUGGAGAUCGAGCUCUUAAGUGCAAUAGACACCGUCUUGCCCAAAGUAGAGAAAGAAAGUGAUCUGAGUACCGGGUACGAAACAAAUGGGGGAUUGUUCAUUGCUCGUACUGAGGAACGGUUGAAAGAGUAUAAACGCCUUCACACUAUCGGCAAGUAUUUUGGAAUUGAAAGCCAUUUCAUCUCCCCUUUGGAGGCUGCAGCAAUGCACCCGCUACUUGAUCCCACAUCAUUCUCUGCAGCUUUAUAUAGUCCCAAAGAUGGAAGGCUAGAUCCUACUAUGAUGUGUACGGCGCUUGUUAAGGCAGCACUCAAAUACCAAGGAAAAAUUGCAGAAUCUUGUCCCGUAAUCGACAUCGUCGUUGAUUCGAGUAUGGGAACGAAAAAAAUUCGAGGAGUUAAAACGCGUCAUGGUUUUAUCAAGACGAAUUGCGUAGUGAACUCUGCUGGAGUUUGGAGCACUCACGUAGCUAAAAUGGUGAACUUAGACAUCCCACUUUUGGCUUUCAAGCAUGCGUACGCCAUCACCGAAAGUAUUCCAGAGGCAAAAAAUACUCCAAACGUACGUGACCAUGACGCAUCCAUUUGCUAUAAAACUCUUGGAGAUAGUAUUUAUAUUGGUGGUUACGAGAUGAAUCCAGAACUUCUGAAAACGGUUCCGAGUGAUUUUUCUUUUGGACUCUACAACUUGGACUACAACAUUUUUGGAAUACAUAUUGAAAACGCAUGUCGCCUAAGUCCAAUACUAAACACUGUGGGAAUCAAAAGUGACAUUAACGGUCCGGAAGCGUUCACUCCUGACCAUAAGCCUUUGUUAGGGGAGGAUCCACGAUUGCCAGGUAUGUUCCAUGCAAGUGGCUUCAACUCGGCCGGCAUAAUGUUAGGACCAGGUUGCGGGGAGCAGUUGGCCAAGUGGAUCAAAAACGGACGGCCUGACCUAGCCAUGCACGCUUACGAUAUCCAAAGGUUUUCACCAAAUUUAUGUUCAGGCAAGAGAUACAUUACGGAGGCAACGCAUGAGGCUUACGCUACAAACUAUUCAAUCGUUUUUCCCAACCACCAGCCUCUGGCUGCACGUAAUUUAAAAGUUUCUCAAUUCCACGAGAUUCUGGUGGAGAACGGUGCCGUUAUGGAACAAUCUCAGGAAUGGGAACGCCCCGCUUAUUUCCUGAAAGGUCGAGCGGCCCCCGUCAGUCAAUACGAUUGGUAUGGUUGCUACGGUCAUAAUGAGAACACAGACAAACGUUACCCAGAGGAAAUUAAAAAAGAGUACACUUUUGAAUUAUCGUCAAAUCAUUCGUUGAUACGAGAGGAGGCACUAUCGGCACGCAAAGACGCGGCAUUAUUCGAUCUAUCCCAUUUUGGGAAAAUGUUACUGACGGGCCAAGAUGCAGAGCGUGCAGCAAAAUGGCUAUUCACAUCUGAAAUCUUAGGCCCCAACUCAUUCACUUAUAGUUGCACUUUAAACGAUCAAGGGGGACUGGAGGGGUUCCUCAGGAUAGUCACUCUUGAUGAAAGGGGCGCUAAACUUUUAGGGUGUGGAUUAGAGGGCAAAGGGUACUAUAUCAUCACGGAGGGAACAACUGGCCAUCGAGUCUUUUGCCACUUACAAAGGCAGAUGCAAAGACAAGGUUUCAAAGCUAGCCUGAAAAAUGUCACAGACAAAGUGGGGGUACUGUUACUGGAAGGGCCUAAAAGCCUGAAGAUUCUGGAACAAGUGGCAGACUUUCCUGUAAAUUACGAGAGAAAUGCCACCGUAACUAUAAACGGCCACGCGUGUAGGGUAAUGCCUGUAAGCUCAAUUGGAAUGAAGGGGUAUGAACUGUACAUUCCUGCAGAGUCGUGUACUGCUGUGUAUAACAAAAUAACCGACGCUGGAGUAAAAUUGGCUGGUUAUCGCGCUUACUGCUCAUUAAACGCAGAAAAGGGCGGUUACAUUUGGAACUACGACAUAAGAACACAGGAUGGUCCAGUCGAAGCGAACUUGGGAGAUAUCUGCAAUAGCGAGGAAAAUUACAUAGGUUGUGAAGCGGUGAGGCAUGCAAAGAAAAUCGGAACCACAAGGAAAAGAGCUGUGUUCCAUGUGGACGCUGAAACUCCUCUUUGGGGAUUGGAAGUAAUUUGGAGGAAUAACGAGAUUGUUGGAUUUUUACGGAGAGGAAACUUAGGAUACUUUUUGAAUGCCAGUAUAGGAAUUGGAUACGUAAAUUCGUCAAAUGUUAUAGACGAAGAAUAUUUAACAAAAGGGAAAUAUGAAAUUGAGUCAAUGGGGGAACGUCAUUCAGCUAAACUAUAUGUUAAAGCUCCCUUGUAUUGCUAAAAAUUCGCGAUUAUGCGAUUGUAUCAGUGAACAAAUGCCAUAAAGCUGCAACCACCAAAGCAGAAAAUCAAGGUACGAUCUCGCAAUAUAAUAUCUAACAAUAUUUAAUAUCAAUGUUUAUUAAACAUUUGUUACAUAUUUUCUGUUGAAAGGGUUUAUGAUCAUAAAUAAUAAACGCGCAACUGACCUAUCCUGUA